AGAGCACAAGCCAGGUCUCUUUCUUAAACGCGGGUAAGGAGUUGGUCGUAUUCACUAGAGUCGUGCUGAGCUUUGCUCUCGUAUAUUCUAGACUGUUUUUUGCUGUAGCUUUGCUUGUGAAACGUGCCUGGAGGGGCUCGUCAGAUGAAAACAGCAUUCUGAGCACGACCACUGGAAAACGAGACACUCAGACAGAGGAGAGAUGGAAAAGCCAGUCUUGCAGACACAACCAUCCACACUGCCUUUUUUUGACACGGCCCACGCCUUCAACCUGCUGCGGGGAAUCCACGAACUCCGCGCAGAACGAAAGUUUUUCGAUGUGACUUUAUGUGCCGAGGGUCGUGAGUUCCAUUGUCACCGCACGGUGCUGGCCGCCGCCAGCACUUACUUCCGUGCUAUGUUCGCAGGAACACUGAGGGAAAGUGUUAUGGACCGGGUAGUUCUACACGAGGUAUCAGCUGAGCUUUUAGGCCUGUUGGUGGACUUCUGCUACACAGGGCGGGUCACCGUCACUCAGGAUAAUGUGGACCUCCUGCUGAAGACGGCUGAUCUGUUUCAGUUCCCUUCAGUCAAAGAGGCCUGCUGUGCUUUUCUGGAGCAGCGGCUGGAUGUUUCCAACUGCUUAGAGAUCCAGGACUUUGCAGAGGCCUACGCUUGCAGAGAGCUUGCAGCAAGUGCACGGCGCUUUGUCCUCAAAAAUAUCAUGGACCUGGCUAAAGGGACGGACUUUGAGCGGUUGCCGUGGAAGCGCCUCCUUGAGUUUGUGUCAGACAAUGAGCUUUGUGUGGACAAGGAGGAGACAGUUUAUCAAAUUGCAGUACGCUGGGUAAAGGCUGAUCUCCAGCGGCGGCUGCACUACUGGCCUGAGCUCCUCCAGCAGGUCCGACUCCCCUUCGUCAGGAGGUUCUUUCUGUUGGCCCAUGUGGAGAGCGAUCCACUUGUCUACCUUUCACCAACAUGCCUCCGAAUGGUGAAUGAAGCUCGCAGUUUCCAGUCGUGUGAAUAUGACCGCCACGACAGGCCUUGCCACCGCAUGCGACCCCGGCCAUCCACAGGAUUAGCGGAAAUCCUGGUGGUGGUAGGAGGCUGUGACCAGGACUGUGACGAGCUGGUCACAGUGGACUGUUACAACCCUCAGACUGGACAGUGGCGCUACCUGGCUGAAUUCCCAGACCACCUCGGAGGAGGCUACAGCAUAGCUGCUCUUGGAAACGAUAUGUAUGUCACAGGUGGCUCUGAUGGCUCUCGCCUCUAUGAUGGCGUGUGGCGCUACAAGUCCAGUGUGAACGAGUGGACAGAGGUGUCACCCAUGCUGAAGGCCCGUGAGUACCACAGCUCCUGUGUGCUGAAAGGCCAGCUCUAUGUGAUUGCGUCGGACAGCACAGAGCGCUAUGAUCACGCUCUGGACAGCUGGGAGGUUUUGCCUGGCAUGCUGCAUCCUAUGGACAACUGCUCCACCACUGCAUGCAGCGGACGCCUCUAUGCUAUAGGCUCCCUGACUGGUGAAGACACCAUGGCCAUCCAGAGCUACGAUGCAGACGCUAACCGCUGGGCCAUGGUCAGCUGUGGACAACUGCCUCCAUGGUCCUUCACGCCGAAAACUGUGACCCUCAACGGCCUCAUCUACUUUGUCAGGGAUGACUCUGCUGAGGUCGAUGUCUAUAAUCCUCAGAAGAACGAGUGGGACAAAAUUAGUCCGAUGACCCAGGUCCAUGUUGGAGGCAGCGUUGCAGCCUUGGGUGGUAAACUGUAUGUAUCCGGCGGUUAUGACAAUACAUUUGAGCUCUCAGAUGUGGUGGAAGCCUACGAUCCGACCACCCGCUCCUGGACUCUUGCUGGACGACUACCUCAGCCGACCUUCUGGCACGGCAGCGUCAGCAUAUUCCGUCAGUUCAUGCCCCUGGUGUCGAGUGCGUUCGAACCCACUGACAUACCUGAAUCGAACGCCAUUCACCUGCACCGGCACCAGCGCCACCAAGCACUCCACAAUCUCAACAACAAUCUCAACCAGAAUCAGGAUGUGAACCCGGCGCACUGAGUCUGGAUCUUGAAAUCCCUGUCACACAUGUUCAGUCUGUUCUCCCUCGUCGUGCCGUCAGUAGUUUACUGUGAAUUUACCUCAUCACAAUGCUAAAGCUGUCUAAGGCAGAAGGGAAGACUGAGCAUGUACACACCGGUGUCUGAGCUCCUUGUAAUCCGCUUGGCUGCCAAAGCUGUUGUGUGCUGAUAAAUCACUCGAGGCUGGGUGAAGUACAGAAAGGCCUGGGGCCAGAUAGAUAGAUAGAUGUUGCUUUAGUCAUCCCACAGCAAGAAAUUUGUGUUUGGCAUGAGCAACACUUAAAAAACACUAGAUGGACACUCGAAGGGUACGUCCUCUGACGCUAUUGCCCUGUCACAUAGUUUUACAAUAAGGCUCCACGUUUCCAUUAAGUGUCAUGUAAUCCGACUGUAGUUAUUGUACAAUGUAGCUAACAGACAAAUACCGUUACUUAUGAAAGGAAAAAAUGCCUAAAAGCUGUACACACAGAGAUAGAGAUAUGCAUAAGCAUUCUUUCAGUGGAUUUCUAAAGUCGCAUUUUGUGCACAUGUGAUUCUUUGGGUUAAAUUUCAGUCACAGUGGAAAUGGGCACACAGGAACCCCUUAAACAUCACAUUGAUUCUUGUACCCGCUCCACCAGUCACUAAAUCUGCAAAAAUAGUAACAGAAUCAGUAAAAUUGUUAGACUUUAAAUUUAAUCUCCACAAUUUCCUUUCUGAAGAGGCAUCUUUUUCUUUCAUCAGUACUGGUUUAUGUGUGAGACAUGUAGUCUGCAUGGUUUUUGUGCAUACGGACUGUUUAUACAUCUGGCCCCUGGUGUUUCUAACCUGUGUUGUGGACUAUAUUAGCCACUGCAUGGCAAAAAGUUCUGGUAGGUCCUGAAGAAAAGCUACAGGAAGCUUGUUAUUUGAGGUGGGGAAGUGAACCAGACAUACAUUUACCAAACCAACCAGUGAAUUUUUCAUUUCAGUCUUUUCUCUUGUGAAACCAAAGUAAACUGCAUGAAAACACUUUAAGUUAAUAAUGAAUCAACAGAAGUAUUUUUGAUAAUCAUUGUUAACUGCAUCAUUGGUUCCAACUUUUCCCUUUUUUCUAUUCUUCUCUGUUUUGUGUCUUUUUAAGUCUUAGACAUAAAUUUAUUUGGUUUUUGACAAUAUUAUUCACAGCCUGUGCUCUUCAUACAUAAAUGUGAGAGCUACAGUUGUAGUGGAUGUCUUUUCCCCAAAUGUCCACAAGGGGCAGCAAUGAGCCAUGCAGACAGUUCCAUAAAAAGGUGAGAUUUAUUAUUUGUUGUAUGUUUUUUCAAACAGUGUCUUUGAAGCUGAGCUGUUUGGGAAUGUUACCCAAACAGUGGAUGAGACGAUCCCCAACAAUGCGAGGUGUUUCUGUGUAUGGACAUCUGUGUGUCAGCAGUGAAUUUGUUUAUUUGGUUUUUUUUUUGUUUUGUUUUUUUUACAAACAGUGUAUUUAAAUGGUCAAGGGGAACUCCACCACAUCAAGUCUGUUUACGGGUCUUGGGGAGUGUUAAUACGUACUGUCUGUUAAAGAAGUUGUUGAGGCUCCAGAAGGAGCUACAUGAAACCUGAUAAACUGGCAGCAACAGUUGGGUCUGAAGUCUGCAAGUCUAAACAUGAAACAAAUCUGGGGGUUUGAAGUAAGCAAGUUUACGAGACUUUUGUAGCUACUCCUUGUCUUGGUUUGAGACUAGCAGCUUGAGGCUACAUAUGCUUCUGUUAGCAUAACACCAGAAAUCAUUGAACAGUUGGAAGUCAAUUUGAAUUAUGGGUAAUGUAGGUUUUACAAGGAAGACGGGGAGGACAGGAAGGGAAAUUCAUGUAGUAAAACGACAACAGCCGUGUUUCUAUCAGUGUAAUUUGAUUCAUGUUUUGAAGCUUUGCGUCAGAAAAGUUUAAUGGAAUCUGCUAAAUUAGAAACACCUUUUUAUGCUCACUUGAGGAGGUUUUCAAAGAGAUGAUGCCCUCAAGGGAGAUGGAAACGCCUGUUUUGAAAAAGUUCUGGUGCAGAAAACAUUUCACUGACCUGAGUAAAUACAGUACAGAGUGAAACAUGGCCAACCAGCUGACAGCAAAGAAUGAAUACAACUUUCCCAAUUGAAAACAAUUCCUGAAGACUUCUCUUCAUGCUUCUCCUGUGGAUGAGCAAUCUUUUGUUUCUUCUUCAAGGUUUUUUAGAGGUUUGCAAACAACUGGUUUUGUUUCAGACUUCUUGUACUCUGUGCAGUACAGGUAAAUAGCCUCUUUUUUCAACAUUUCACUUAAUUACGUAGAAACAUGGCUAAUGUCUGUGGCUUUGCUGUCCCAAUUUUGAUCCGAAUGCAGUGCUAUAUUGGUGGAGUCCUCCUUUUAACAAUUCGCAACCAUGAGCAAGAUCCAAAUUUUUGGUCAGAAACAGCCAUAAUCUGUUUACAUUCCAAAAAAUGACGACAAUCAGACACCCACCUGUAUGGCUGAAGAGGAAGGGUUGAAACUGACCAGGAGAAAUGAUUGUGCUGAGUAACCUUCUGUCUUCGUAGUAGACUUUCAGGGUGGUUGCAUGUGAUGUUAACAUGAGUCGAUACUCUGUUUCUAGUGAUCACAGCAUCUCCUCGUCCCUCCUGACCCCUUAGCCUGAGCUACAUCAGCCUUUAUAACCACCAGUCAAAUGUGCAUGAAGUCUCUUGAAAAUGUAUUGAUGAAUGUUUUACGGUUUUCUGUUUAUUUAAAGAUAUAUUUGUGCUGUGGUUGCUUAUGAAGUCUCUGCCUAUCAGCUGCAACAGUAUCUGUGGCAUGUGGUAAUUGCUAGUCAGCAGUCUCAACUGGAAGUGCAGAAAAAAUCUCAUUUGCUCUCAUAAAAUUAUAUUUCCUUUCAUGGAAAUUGUUUUUUUUUUUUUGAGUGUUUGUAUGCUAUUGUUAAUGCAGCUUUGUUUUCUUAGUUUUCAUACAGGUUUGUGAUGUUGAGUCUGUUUUGUAAAUACAGUAUAUUCCAAACCUUCUGUACUGUGUUUGUAUACCAUGAAUUAAACUGCAGGCAGGUCUGA